AUGGCCUUCGCUCCCGACCCUGACGACGUCGACAGCGAGGUCAACCGCCGCUCCCACCGCGGAAAAGGGGGGCGGAGGCGCGACGACCGGAGCACGCCGCCGCCGCGGGAGGCCGGGCUCAUCGACUUCGACGACCAGAGCGUCGGCACCACGGGGGACGGGGACGGCGGAGACUCUUGCUACAGCUACGUGUCGUGCAACAGCGUCGUGUCCUCGUCGAGGUACAGCAUCGUCUACUCGAGCGAUGGUACUCGGUCGGAGGUGAUGGUGGAGGAGAUGGCCGUGGGGGGGAAGAGGCUGAUGCUCGAGGGGCACGGCAUCACGUCGUUGGAGGCUGAGGAGCACAUGUACGGCGUUAACGCGGCAUCUGCCGCCGCCGCCGCCGCCGCCGCCGCCGUCGCCAGGGAGGAAAGCGCCGCCGCCGGCGGCAGUAGCGCCGGCGGCGGCAGCAGCAGCCGCGCGGACAGCUUCUUGAGCGAGGAUGACGGCCCGACCUGCUUCGAGGCGGUGGUUGCUAACGGCAGCACCGGUCUCGAAAGUGGUCACGGCUUGGAGCGACGGAAUAUUGGGGUGGAGGCGGUGUCACCGGGCUUGUCGGACGCUACCGAGGCACGGACGGUGGCGGCGGUAGAAGCGUUGGCGAUGGCGGCGGCCUCACGGGCGGCGGCCGUGGCGAAAGCGGAAGCGGCGAGAGAAGCGGUGGCGCGCGCCGAGGCGGCGGAGGCGGCGCACGCGGAGGCGCAGGCGGCCGCCGAGGCGGCGGCGGCAGCGCUGGGGGCAUCAGCAGCGGCAGCAGCGGACUCUAGCACCCCCCGGCAGCACCAGCAGCAGCGGGGGGAGCAGGGGGGGCAGGAGCCGAGGUUGACGUUCGCGGAGAUGCGGAGGAAGUACCAGGAGGCGGCGUCGCGGGCGGGGUCAGCCUCCUCGUCCUCGAGGUCGGCGGCGGGGCGGGGACUUGGACGGGGAAGCGGCGGCCGGGGCGCCGCCGCCGGGGGGGGGCAAUGGGGCGGGAGGUCCUCGUCCGCUUCCGCCGGCGGCUCGUCGUUGUCGUCUCCGAGGGGGGUGUCCUCCUUGGGCUCGGACACCGCCGCUGCCGACAACAAGAAUCUGGACGAGGCCUUCUUGGCCGCCCCGAACAGGUCGAGGUCGAGCUCGCCGCGGGCGGCGUUUUCGGACGGAGCGCCGUCGACUGCGGCGCAGCAGCAAGAGCAGCAAGAGCAGCAGCAGCAGGUUCCACAGGGUGGCGGCGACGGGUCACCCGGGGCGGCGGACCACCACACGCCUGGCGUUACCAUCCCAGGGUCCACGCUGGCAACGGGCGAGCCGUCGCAGCAGCACCGGUCCGGUGAUGAGGAGCGUGGCGUGAAAGAGGAGGCGGAGGAGGAAAGGUCUCGAAACGAGCAGGCGGCGGCGGCGGCGGCGGCGUCAUUGUCUCGGCCUCCUGCCCCUUCUUCCUCUUCUUUCUCGCCCGCCGCUGACAUGCUGCAUCAGGGUUUCGUCACCACCCCCGGCGGCGGCGGCGGCGGCGGCGGCGGUCAUCAAGGGAAGGAGGAGGAGGAGGAGGAGGAGGAGGAGGAGGAGGAGGAGGAGGAGGAGGAAGGGGGACAAAGAGCGGCUGUCGCCACCGCUACCGCGGCCGCCGUUGCCGUUGCCGCCGCCGUUGUAGACGACCGCGGCGGCGGCGGGGUGAGCGGCGGCGCCGGCGAUGGUGAACUAGAAGAGCAGCAGAAGCAGCAGAAGCAGCAGCAGCAGCCACAGGGAGGAGGAGAAGACCCCGCCGAGCCGGCUAACGUUUCCAUCCACGAGGUCUUGUGGGAGAGGAUUCGACUGCUGGAGCAGCAGGUGGAGCAGAACAAGGAGGCGGAGCGGCACCGAGAAGCGGCGGCGGGCGGGCAGGCGGCCAAAGCCGCGGAGCUGGAGCGGGAGAACGCCGCCCUCAACGAGAAGCUUCUCGCGGCCGAGAACCAGCUGGAGGCGAAGACCGAGGCGGCGAAGGCGGGGGAGGCCCUCCUCAACAGGAGGAUCCUUGAGCUCCGGAAGAGCCAGAAGGAGAACAUGACGGCGGCGGGGGAGGAGUUCGCCUCGCUCACACGCAGAGUCGAAGCCAAAGAGAAGGAGGGACGAGCGGCCGCCGCUGCCCACGCGAAGCAGCUCAAGCAGAGGGACGAGGAGAUGGCCCGCUUGAUGCGCCAAUCCCCCUCGGGGGAUAUCGUACAGCAACUCGACCAAAAGGACGCCCAGAUCGCCAUGCUCAAGCAGAGCCUGGAGCGCCUCAACUCCUCGCUCAGCUUGGCGGCGAG